CGUGAUGACGUCACGCACGGUGACACACCCACUACACUUUUACACUUCCGCAAACUUUCUGCGUUUUUUUCCCCCUUCUGUCUUCGUACAGCUCCUUCUACUUCGAGAAGACCAUUUUUAAGCUAUCUGGCUUUUAAACGUUGUAAAAAUAUGAGUGAAAUAAAGAUGAACCAGCCAGGCACAAAUGAGGACAGCGGGGAGGAAAAGGACUGGGCGGCGGCCAAAAUCUUUUUUGAAAGCCUCAAAACUAACAAACCGAGACCGCCUAAACCCAGGUUUGCUGUCACCGUCGCGGUGUCUUCCCGCACUCUCUUCAACAUGGUGGCAGAGAGGGACAUCUAUGAGAAAGAAGGAGUAGAGAAAUACGUCGCCUAUCAGGUGGAACAUGAAGAUGAAGCUCUCAAGCCAGGGGCUGCGUUCCCUUUCGUCAAGGCUCUGAUGACGGUCAACUCUCGACUCAGGGAGCUCUACCCGGACAGCGAAGAGUUGUUCGAUAUCGUCCUCAUGACCAACAAUCAUGCCCAAGUUGGAGUGCGCCUCAUUAACAGCAUCAAUCAUUACGAUUUAACAAUCGAGAGGUUCUGUAUGACUGGAGGAAAAAGUCCAAUAGGCUACUUGAAAGCCUACAUGACCAACUUGUACCUCUCCAAAGAUGCUGAGAAAGUGACAGAGGCCAUCGAAGAAGGCAUCGCCGCGGCCACCAUGUUUACGGCCGAGACGGAGAACGAGCUUUGCGACACGCAGCUGAGGGUGGCGUUCGAUGGCGACGCCGUCCUCUUCUCGGAUGAGUCCGAGAUCAUUGUGAAGAAGCACGGCCUGGACUCGUUCUUUGAGCACGAGAAGAAGUUUGAGAACCUGCCGCUUACUCAGGGCCCUCUAAAAGGCUUCCUGGAGGCUUUGGGGAAGCUCCAGAGGAAGUUCUACGCCAAGAAUGAGCGCUUGAAUUGUCCCAUCAGGACCUUCCUGGUCACAGCUCGCAGCGCCGCCAGCUCAGGGGCUCGGGUCCUGAAGACCCUCCGCAGCUGGGGCCUGGAGAUCGACGAGGCGCUCUUCCUGGCUGGAGCCCCUAAAGGGCCCCUGCUGCAGAAGAUAAAGCCUCACAUCUUCUUUGACGACCAGAUGUUCCACAUUGAGGGGGCCAAGGAGCUGGGCACCAUCGCUGCUCACGUCCCCUAUGGCAUUGGACAGAAGUACAACAAAGGAAAACUCAUCGAGCAGCCGAAAAAGGAGUGAUCUGCUCAUGGACCAAGGAUCAAAAGGAAAAAAAGGGUAAA